UCUCUCUCUCUCUCUCUCUCUCUCUCUCUCACAGAGUUAGCCAUGAUGCCCAGAAAUGCUAUUGCUACGUUAGUGAAACUGUUGAUGGGAUUUCUGUGCAUAACUGUAUUUCAUUUCAAUUACGGAGAAAGCUCAUACCCAGGUGAUGCAGGUACUCAUGGCAGCACUUAUUACCAGGACCCAAUAAGGCGCAUGGCUUUGAUGAAGGCUUCAUUACAUAACCUCCGCACUGUUGCCGUCUCUAGUCCUCAAGGAUCAUCAUCAUCACGUGUUCAUCACGCGACUGAGUAUGGUGCUGACCCGACCGGAAUAUCGGACAGCACCGAAGCACUCCAGCAAGCUAUUUCUGAUGCCUUCAUAUCUCGUAUUGAAGGGGCACACUUGAUGGAGGGUAUUGCUGAUCUUGGAGGCACUCAGCUUCAUCUUGAUGGAGGGACAUACAAGAUCAGCCGUCCGUUGCGUUUACCAGAUACCACCGGUGCAGGAAACUUUAUGAUAUAUGGUGGAUCCCUUCUCGCAUCCGACAAUUUUCCGAACGACCGCCAUCUGAUCGAGUUGUGGUCAGAGUCAAACUCUUUCAAGUACGAGGACAUUACGCUCAAGGACCUUAUGAUAAACUCAAAUUUCAGAGGUGGUGGAAUUGCAAUUAUUAAUUCACUAAGGACUACUAUAGAUAAUUGCUACAUAUCAAGUUUCACUAGCAAUGGCAUACUAAUCCACGGUGGCCAUGAAACAUUUGUUAGAAACUCCUUCAUCGGCCAACACAGCAACGUUGGCGGUGACCAUCGUGAAAAGCAUUUUUCCGGCAUUGGAAUUGACAUUAACGGGAAUGACAAUGCAGUUACCGAUGUGAUUAUUUUCUCGGCAGCGGUCGGCAUAAUGGUACGAGGACAAGCCAAUAUUCUCACCGGGGUGCAUUGUUAUAACAAGGCCACCGGAUGGGGUGGGAUUGGAAUUCAUAUUCGGUCACCCGGGUUGACCCAAACCCGGAUUUUGAAUUCCUAUUUUGAUUUCACGGGGAUCGUGGCCGAGGACCCCGUCCAGCUCCAUAUAUCCGGAUCAUUCUUCUUAGGCAAUGCCUUUGUUUUGAUAAAAUCCUUGAAGGGUGUGAUUUCUGGGCUAACCAUUGUCGACAAUAUGUUCGCAGGUGAUUAUACUGGUACGCAAAUAGUCCAAUUUGAUCAAUCAAAUGGACAAUAUUUCACCACUAUUGAUCAAGUUGUGGUAGAUCGAAAUGUAGUACGUGGUAUGAUCCUUAAAUCGACGGUGGCUAAGGGGUCAAAGUGGAGUAACGGGACAAAGUGGACAGUUGAUUUCUCAGAAGUCCUCCUUUUCCCCGACCUGAUACAAAAUGUCCAAUACACAUUGCAGGCAAGUGCAUCAUUUCCAAACCAUAUUCUACGGAAUGUGAGUCACAACCGUGUCACGGUAGAAACAGAUGUGCCUGUAUCAGCGACGUUGCAUGUAUUAGUGGAUCAAAGCAUGCUUGGCUAUGUAUUAUAGUGGAACAGAGAUAGUUAGUCAUAUAUCAACAACUGAUAGUCAUUAGCAUUGAAGCACAGUUCUUAUUAAAGUAUACGAACGAAUACUGCAUGUAUACAUAUAUAGCAUAGACAUACAUUUUUAUUUUCUAAA